AUGAGUAUAAAGAGUAAAAUUGACAUGAGUCUGGAUGAACUCAUAGAGAAGGAAAAUAUUAAGGCUAAUCACAAGGUGCCAAAUGAAAAAAAGACACUUAAAUCUAUAGAAAAGAACACGGGUCAGAAGUAUCUGCACAGCAUAAUAAUAUCAAAUGUCAACAGUAAUAAUUUGGAACUGUAUAAAAAGGAGUUCAGCAACUUUGGAAAAAUUUAUAACAUUUAUCAUGAUAAUGAUAAGAAGAUUACAUAUGUGAAAUAUGACAAUAAGAACUCCUGUGAAAAUGCCAUAAGCACCAUGAACAAUAAAUCCAUAGAUGGAGACACAAUAUCUAUAGUGUUGGGAAAAAAAAUACCGGAUAAGAAGAACAACAAGAAUACAAAUCAAAAUAAUCAUCUUAUGAAUAACAACAUGCACAACAAUAAAAUUAUUCCUCCAUUUAAAAUGCCAGUAUACAACCACAAUCCACCGUACCCGUAUUACAUGAACAGUAAUUAUAAUCAUCAUCCUCACCAUCACCCACGACCCUAUAAUCAUAUUCCAUAUCAGAAUACUUACCAGAAUAAUAUGUUUGACGAUAAUAUGCAUCCUUUUAAUAAUAAUCAAAAGAAUAGUACCAUAAUAGUAACGAAUGUCCCCACGUACCUGAAUGCGGAAGACAUAUUUUCAGCUUUUCAGGAAACAGGAAAAAUUGUGGAUGUUCAGAUUCUUAUGAAUGAGAAGAGAAAAUUAACUGGAAUAGUAAGCAUUGAAUAUGAAAAAAACGAAUCUGCAUCAGAUGCUGUUAGAAUGUAUGAUGGUGGAUUUCUGAACGACAAUAGGAUUAGAGUAUUCUUAGAUUGUCGUUAA